AUGGUCUCCUUCGCCACGCUCCAGGACCUCGUGAACCACCUGAUCGAUCCAUGGCUCUUCAUGCGCAUCACCCUCCGCUUCUGGCCCGGCACUGUCAGUCAGCUGCUCUCGAAAUCCGAUUACCGCACGCUCCUGUCCCCCUCGGAAUUCGGCGACGUCUGGUUCGGCAAUUUCUGGGCCUUCGUCGGUCCUCAGGUCAAAACCAGCGCUGAGCGGCGCGUCGUGCCCCUCCUCGAGGGUCGAGUUCGCGACGGUGAAGUUUGCAACGAAGUAGUCGGUGAGCCUAUCGAGGGUAUUGUCCUGGAGAUUGGUGCCGGCACUGGUAUGUGGGCAGAUGUGUUUGCCAAAGGCGCUGGACUAAAGCGUGUGUACGGCAUUGAACCGAAUCCUCAGUCGGCAGCAAUGUUGCGACAGCGAGUUCAAGAUAUCGGCCUCGAUGGCAUAUACGAAGUCGUCCCCGUGGGCAUCGAGGACCUCAACGAUCCGACAGCGUGGGCAGGCCGCAUCGAGCCUGGCAGCGUCGACUGUAUCGUGACGAUUUUGUGCCUGUGCAGCAUCCCGGAGCCGGAGAAGAACAUUCGCCUCCUGUACGAUUGCCUCAAGAAGGGUGGUCGAUGGUACGCCUACGAGCAUGUGCAGGUUGAGCGUGGAGGCGUCCUUCUCUGGAUGUAUCAGUGGUUCACCAGCCUUGUCUGGUCGAAUGUGAUGGGCUCAUGCCGGAUCUGUCGAGCCACCGGCAAAUCCCUAAGAAAUGCUGGGCCUUGGGAGAAGAUUGAUCUAGCGCAGCCCCCAGACGAGCCGGCUUACCAGGUACUUCCUCACAUUUUCGGAACGUUGACGAAGUGA